CAAAAGGAACUAAAUUCGUACGCUAAUCCCCAUUCAUAAAGUUACACUGAAAGGCCAAGGCUAUUUGUGAUCAGCCACCCACGCGGGAUUUUUGUGGUCACAAGGACCUCAGGGGUACGAGGCAGGAAUUUUAUACACCUGACUAGAUCUAGCACGUGCUCAAGAUCUCUCAUUAGGUGAAAAAUUGCGCUCAAAAGCUUCAGAACGAAGAGAAAACCGAGGAAAGCGAGCACCACGUUUUCUCUGUGAAGACUUGACGUCGGGGCAAGCAGCUCAGAAUACAUUGGGGUCAAGCCGAGUCGGGAAAUUUUCGCCCGAGCGUCCAAUCUCAGCUCCGCGGCCAGCUUAGGUCGAUUGACCGUCGGAGAACAAUCAAUAAUCUUGUCAGCUAUCGGAUUAAACAAUGUCAGAACCGCAGGCCUCGACUACCCAACCGCCUUCUGAGGGUACCCCGACUGAGCCCCCGCCGAAAAGACCCCGUGGAAGACCGCGGAAGCCACCGCCGGCCGAGCCGAUAGAGCCCAAGCCCAAGCGACCCAGAGGGAGACCCAAGGGGAGUAAAAAUCGCCCAGUUUUUAAGGCACCGACGAGCAGUGGAAGAGGUGUCAAAUCAACAGAGAGAAAGAGCGAAGUAGAAUCACAACAUGAGAAAAAAGAGGAAAAGACAGAAACUUCCAGCUCUUGAGCUUCAGUUACCAUGCCAACAGUAAAACCUCCCACAAGGUGUCACCACUGUUCUGUUGUGGUCACCGUGGAAACCAGUUACCAUAAGAAGCAAAUUAGAAAUAUUCAAUGCCUAGGUAAUAUUAGCCAAGAUGCUUUCAGUAUGAGUGGAAGAAGAGUGGAGAAUGUUCCUUUACAAUCAAUAUCUUCCAUUUUGCUAUAUAGCUGUGAUCAGAGGCGUUAAAAUGUUUUUCUUUAUUAGUGAAGAUUGCAGACUGUAACUGUCCGAGAGUUAAUUUUAUCUUCUGUCCCCCUCUCCAAAUUUUAUCAAUAACAUUUGCAUAGUUACUAUAUUUCUGCACCCUAUAACUGGUAUUUUAAAGUGAAAUGUGUUUGUGUGUUAUUUGUUUAAGAUUAUUGUAUUUAUCUAGAACAUGUAGAACUGCAUAGUCACAUUUACACACUGCCGCUGGAGAUGACAGCGAUCCAAAGUGGCACAUACUUGAAUUUGUAUAAUCAAGCAGGCACAAUAGAUAAUAAGGUAAAUGUCUCAAGAGGUAAGGUAGAUUGCAUUACUUCAUGUGCAUUCUUUGAUGAAACUUAUCUAGUUUGUUAAAUUGUGUGCCACCUCUGUAUAAAUUUAACUAGUAAGGGUUACAGUCAACUUUUUAAAAUUAGCUAGAGGUUGUAGAAUUAUCGCAUACUUUAAGUGUGUUAAUGCUAUAUAUUUUAAACGGAGCCUAAAAUUUCAGCAUUGCUACUUGCUUGACUGAAUUUAUGUGAGAGGGAAAUGUAUAGGUGUAUUUACACUAGCUCAGAUAAAACGAUCCAAGUGACAAGGUUCAAAUUGUCUAAUUUCACUUAACUUGGCUAAGUAGGUAAAUUCCCAAGAUUGUCUGUUGUGUUUUCAUCAGUUUGAUUGCAAUCAGCAUCAGUUUAGUGAUAGCCUACAUCAGUUUGAAUCCAUUCACAAUGAAGCUAACUUAGACCUGAUAUCCAAUGCAUCGCUAUAUGCACAAAUUAACCAGCUUGCUAGUUAUAUUGAUAAGGAUGUCUUUUGACAUUAAGUGAAAAUUUUUAAAUCAGUUUUUGAGGUCAUAGCUUUCUUCAUUUGGAGAAAAAUUUCCCCUUUGAGCUGCCUUGGUCAUACCAAUGUAAAAAAUCCAAAAUAUUUUAGAGGUCUCCCAAAACUCUGACAGGGAAUUCAUUAUUUAAUUUUAGGAUGCAUGUGUAACAAAACUAUUUUUGAGGAGGAGGGGCCUUUGAUGUUUUGAAAGUUUUUGUAUUCAUUUUCCUCUCUGCAAAUAGUGGAAAUAGUCAACGUUGGGCUAGAAAUCGGCAGUGGGGAGAUUGAGAUGUCCAUUUUGUACAAAAGAUAUAAAGAAUGUUUUUACUUUUUGUGAGAGUGUGAUAAAAUGUGUCUUUUGCCUCUGUUUUAAUUAAAAAGCCCUUAGAGAGCAGAGGAAGUGAUUACACGGUCUACUUCAAUUUGACAGCCCUGGUUUUUUUUCCAUCCUAGGGUCAAAAAAAAGAGGCUUACCAACUAUGUUUGACUUACUUUUUUAUUUUCGACUAGAUGCAUAAACGUGUGUAAAAAAAGGUCAAUGCCCUUUAAGGCUAGACAUUUAAUUUUUUCUGUGACAAUUGCUUUUAUUUAGAGGUGUUUUAUUAACAUUUAAAUCUAGUUGUUAUACCUUUUACAAUUGGGUGGGACACUACACUUAAAAAAAAUGUUUUAACUCAGACAGUUAUUUGUAAUGUCCCUU